AUGGUGGAGGGUAAGCCGUAUCGGUAUGGUCUGAUCGCGGCGGGGAUGUGUGUGUUGUUAGUUGGUCUGUUCGUUAUGACUCAGGAGCGACCUCACAUCUACGCAACACUCUGCUCUCUGGGGAUCACCAUGAUCACCCUUGGCACCGCGUGGAGCCUCUGCCAGUGCUACCCUAAGGUGGUGUUGAUCUCUCAGAGCCUGGAGGAGAGGGGAGCCAGGGACAGCAUGGAUGCUGCUGCAGGGGAGAAAAACAUCAGUGUUACACUGGCUGGUUUCCAUGAUAACAAGGUCAGCCCUGCCCUGUCUGUCCCUCUGGUCCUCCAGCUCCACUCUUCCCACAGCUGUCCUAUACUACACCUGUCUUGACCUGAAAUAAACAUUUUAUGGAUUUUAUAUUUUACUGUGAUCACU